AUGAAAGCAAUGAAACAUCAACAACAGGUCGCGUCGGCGGUCGAGAGGGCCAAACAGGUGACGAUGACUGAACUCAAUGCCAUCAUUGGACAACAAAUACAUGCCCAACAACUGCCAUCUGCACAUUCCCACGGGCCUCCCCUACCUAUGAUGCCUCAUCCAGGGCUGGCCGGCCUCCAGCCUCCCUCCGCUGCCACCGCAGCCGCACUGACGGCGGCAAUGCCUCCGUCCAACUCGGCUGCCGCUGGCCUUCUGGCCCUAUCGGCCGCCGGUUCGCUGUCCGGCGCCGCGUCUGUCGCCGCUAACAAUAACAACAACUCAAGUCAUUUGCCAGGAAUUCCCUCAAUCCUCGCCAAAGAGUCCUCUCAUCGCGAAAACAAUGAGAAGCGUUCACUCAAUGACGACAGAAGAGAGAGAAACUCAUUUUCGCCACACUCUGAGCGCACACGACAUCGAAGUCGUACUCCAGAAACAGAAACCAAAUCAAAAAGAAGAUCCAGAGAUACGGAGAAAAACGAUCAUAACGGCAGUGAAGAUGAAAAGAGUGAUCAGGAUUUGGUUGUGGACGUGGCUAACGAGGACCCGAUCUCUCCCCGUAAUAACGGUGACGCCUCUCCCCGUGAGAACGGUUCGGACGCCCGGAUUAAACGCGAGCGCCCGCCCUCUCGGUCCGGCUCCUCUUCAAACAGCAGUACUCCUCUGUCAACAAAACCAAAGGAACACUCGAGUGACAAACCGCCCACACCUGUGUCUAAGCCAAUAACGCCGACCAGUUCUGGAUCGACAACUCCGAGCUCGAGCGCCAAUAAAACACCGAAACCCACCACUUCUAUCGGGCCUCCCUAUCCCUAUUUGCACGGAACACCAUCUGCUCACCCGUCACUACCCGCUGAUCUCAGUGUCGCCGCCGCCGCAUACUCUCAGGGACUCCUUCACAACAAUAUCAAUCCCGGCCUCAACUCAUAUCCGCGCGGAUUAGUUCCCGGAUAUGACGCCCACCCGUCUCUAAGAACACCCGGUUUUAUCCCAGGCGGCAAACCCGCCUAUUCCUUUCAUGUGAACGCUGAGGGUCAGGUACAACCCGUACCCUUUCCACCCGAUGCCCUCAUCGGGUCAGGGAUUCCUCGCCACGCGAGACAAAUAAAUACUCUAAAUCACGGGGAAGUCGUUUGUGCCGUCACUAUCAGUAACCCAACUAAAUAUGUCUACACCGGAGGCAAAGGUUGUGUCAAAGUGUGGGACAUUAGCCAACCCGGCAGUAAAAGUCCUGUCUCUCAAUUGGAUUGUUUGCAAAAAGACAAUUACAUCCGUUCGUGUAAACUAUUACCCGACGGCCGGACUCUGAUAGUCGGCGGUGAAGCGAGUACUAUAUGUAUCUGGGAUUUGGGCGCUUCUAUACCUAGAAUUAAAGCCGAGUUGACGUCAUCGGCUCCGGCCUGUUAUGCUCUCGCUAUUAGUCCCGAUUCAAAAGUUUGCUUCAGUUGCUGUAGUGAUGGAAACAUUGCUGUUUGGGAUCUUCACAAUCAAACACUUGUCCGACAAUUUCAAGGACACACUGACGGCGCGUCUUGUAUUGAUAUCAGUAACGACGGGAAUAAGUUGUGGACCGGAGGUCUGGAUAAUACAGUUCGCUCGUGGGAUCUCCGAGAAGGCCGUCAACUACAACAACACGACUUUUCGUCUCAGAUCUUUUCUCUGGGUUAUUGUCCGACUGGCGAUUGGCUGGCAGUCGGAAUGGAGAGCUCUAACGUAGAAGUGCUUCACUGUUCAAAACCAGACAAAUAUCAGUUGCAUUUACACGAGAGCUGUGUUCUGUCGUUAAAGUUUGCAAACUGUGGCAAAUGGUUUGUCAGUACCGGUAAAGACAAUCUUCUGAAUGCUUGGCGAACCCCUUACGGCGCCUCAAUAUUUCAGGUAUGA